UCACACUAUAUGUUUCCAAAGUGGCGGGACAAUUGGCUUCAUGUUUCGUUUUGUUGCGUUUGGAAGUUAAAAUGCCAGUGUAAGCAUUGUUUUGUAAGCCCGAGUUGUGGAGAACUAGGUGCAUGAUCUAUUCCAGAUGGCCUCCAUUGACGAGGGCUCGCGCGUUGAGCGGAGAUUCUGCGCAGUCGGCAACCACACGCUGCGGAAGCCGUAUCGCCAACUGAACAACAAAUAUUUGGUGCGCUUCGCCUGUUUGCUGAACAGCGAAAUUCGGGCGGGCAACCUCAUCUGCUGCAAGUGCUACACGGACCUGGUGCGACUCUACCGGAAGAAGAACGACAAUGCCAAACGGCACAAGAUGGCCAGGGAGACUGCCGCGAGCAUUACGGACGUCAGCGGCAGUCAGUCAUCGUCGCACCAAAGUGCGCCCUCUUUGCAUGUCUCUGGCCAAAGUUCCGAAUUCGGUGCCUCAUACAGUGAGGGGGGCAUUGUGACUCCCGAUGAAGAGCUGUGCUCCCACAGAAGCUUAAGUCAAGAUUCAGACAAUGUGCCCACUACCAGCGCUGCAGCGAUCCAAAAACGCCAGCUUGCGAGGGCAAACCUAAUGGUGAAACCAUCGCAGAGGCUGAGCUUGGCCCAGACUACUCCGGAUUGCGACGACUACGACCCCAACUCGAAUCUCAGUUUGAACGCCGUGAAUGGCACGCGACUGCCGCACAUUCAGCCGAUUCCAAAGAGGCGCCCGACCGUCCUGGACAAGCAGUCCAUGGAUAUUUACUUGAUGGGAACCACAGGUGGUUAGGUGAUUUUUUUAAGUUGUGACUAGAGAACAAGAUACAUAUGCUAGUUGAUGCUAGUUUCUAAGUUUCAUUUAAUUAGAUAUUUUUGUACGCUAAAAUAAAGAAAGACAGAGAUGUUAGCUUGGCAGGAGCCACAGAAAGAUAGCCGCCAUUUGGAGAUUUCCUUGAAGUUUAUAAUUUUAACAUGUUUAAUGAUAUUUACAUAUAUUAUAUGAAUGAAGUACAUUUAUUUUAAAGGCACCACUGGAAGAGGUUCACAACUUAAGAAAAAAAGAGGCCAUAGAUAUUUAUUUGGCAGGAGCACCAAUAGAUAGCCGACUUAGUUUAUAACUUAAUGAUGCCGACAUUUUCAUGAAAUUAAAAAAAUAAAUAACUUAACAAAC